AUGAUGGAGAAUGUGCUUUCCUUGCUUGUGGAGUGGAUUAGUGGCCUGUCAGAAGCCAAUGGUGACUUCAGGAUGGAAGUAAUACCCAAUAUUAAAGUUGCUGUCGUGUCUUUUCUCAAAAAUACUGUGGUGGACACCUACUUGGCCAAAGAGCAUGUCUUCAGUGAAAGGCCCAUCUCUGUGUUUCCAUAUUAUGUGACUUUGGGCAUAGCCUUGUAUGGAAAGGAGAAGCCCCUGAGAAAGUUGCCAGCACCGUAUCUGGUGGCUCUGGAUCCUCUCAUAUGGAAAAUCUUGCAGAAGAAGCAUCACCUGGUUGAAAGGAAAAAUUAUAAAUGGGGAAGGUGUCACUGUGAGUCAAAAGACCAAGUCAGUUGGAAACAUUGUCUUUCAAACGGAAACAUGAUAGCCUCAACCCAAACCAAAGAAGGUCUAAAUCUCAUGUUGGGAAGUGGAAAUGUUACUGAUCUCCAGGUCGAUGUCAUUGUCAACACUGUUUCCGUGAAUCUUCGACUUGGAAAAGGACAACUAUCUCAGGCUCUUCUGCAGAAAGCUGGUCCACAGCUCCAGGAAGAGUUAUAUGCCAUGAAGCAGGGAACAGUGGCGGAAGUAGGUAGCGUAUUCAUGACAAGUGGCUGCAAUCUGAACUGCCAAGCUGUCCUCCAUGCCGUGGCACCAGCCUGGGAUAAUGGAGCCGGGUCUUCUCAGCAGGUCAUGGAGAAUAUAAUCAAGAAAUGUUUGACAACCGUAGAAGAGCUAUCUUUUUCAUCAAUCACAUUUCCCAUGAUUGGAACAGGAAAGUUGAGGUUUCCCAAAGCUGUUUUUGCUGAACUGAUCCUUUCGGAAGUGCUCAAAUUUAGUAGCAGCGUCUGGCAGAAAACCUUACAAAAAGUUUACUUACUGGUACAUCCAGGUGAUGACGAAAUCCAGCAGGCAUUUUUAGGUGAAUUCACUAAACAGUUGUGUGGAAAUCCCAACCAGGACAGGAUUCUCAUGGCUGGAGGUAACCAAGGUACCUUCAGGCCUGUCUCCAACCCUGGGUUCAUUUCAUAUGAAAUGAAAAUUGGUGCAAUUACUUUCCAGAUUGCUGCUGGAGAUAUUACCAAAGAAAAGGCAGAUGUGAUUGUAAACUCAACAACAAGGACAUUUAAUCUGAAAUCAGGGGUGUCAAAAGCAAUUUUAGAAGGUGCCGGACCAGCUGUGGAAAAUGAAUGUGCUCUACUAGCUGCACAGCCUCACAGAGAUUUUAUACUCACACAAGGUAGGUACUUAAUGUGCAAGAUAAUAAUUCAUGUUCUUGGGGAAAAUGAUGUCAGGAGAACGGUCUCCACUGUUCUAGAAGAGUGUGAGCGGAGGCAGUGCGCUUCUGUUUCUCUUCCAGCCAUCGGAACAGGCAAUGCUGGAAAAAACCCAAACACAGUUGCUGAUGACAUGAUCAGUGCUAUUACAGACUUCGCAUGGAAACAUCCCGCCCCAUCAUUACAAAAAGUUACAGUUGUCAUCUUUCUGUCUGAAUUGCUACAUGUAUUCUAUGACAACAUGAAAAAGAGAGAGAAUUCCAUAUCACCUGUCCUUCAGUCCAUAUGCAUCGAGACUACAUAUAAUCUUCCUGAACACUGGACUGACAUGAAUCAGCAGCUGUCCUGUGUGAUCGAGCUACACCCUGGACAGUCAGAAUAUAGCACCGUAAAGGACAAGUUUUCUGAGACUUGUCCUUCCUACAAAAUAAAGAAGAUUGAGAGGAUACAGAAUAUAUACCUCUGGCAGAGCUACCAGAUAAAGAAAAAGCACAUGGACAUGAAGAAUGGCCAUACAGAUAAUGAGAGAGUCCUGUUCCAUGGGACAGAUGCAGACUCAGUGCCCUAUGUCAAUCAGCAUGGCUUUAAUCGCAGUUAUGCUGGGAAGAAUGGUGCAGCCUAUGGAAAAGGAACUUAUUUUGCUGUUAAUGCCAGCUAUUCUGCUAACGAUAUAUACUCCAUACCAGACAGCAACGGGAGAAAGCAUACUUAUGUUGUACGAGUACUUACAGGAGUCUACACGCGUGGACGUUCAAGAUUAGUCACCCCUCCAUCAAAGAACCCUCAUGACCCCACAGAUCUGUUUGACUCUGUCGCAGAUGACACACAACACCCAGAGCUAUUUGUGGUAUUCUCUGAUAAUCAAGCUUACCCAGAUUAUCUUAUCACUUUUAGGUGUUAAAAAAUAGGUUGUUUUUUUUUUUACCUCAAAGAGAUGAUUUAGUCAUCUAUUUAUAAGAACAAAUUUAUAGAGUUUUUGUCUUUGCCUUUGGCUUGUUUAUGUAGAUAAAAACCUCUCCGUUGGGGCGCCUGGGAGGCACAGCGGUUAAGCGUC